CCAAAAGCAACCAGAAGCUAUUCGCGUUUAGGCUACAGGCGGAGUUUUUGAGAACUGGGAAGAAUUUGACAAACUUUGUUGAUCCCAACGUAGCCUAAACGGACCGCAGCGCUUCGCUGCCAGUCGUUAUAGAGACAUCGAUUAGUUUACUGUGUAUGUCGACUUCAAUUUAAAUAAGUUAGAGUUCCUCUUUUUAUGGAAUAUGAAGAACAACGUCAGGAGGAUGAGAUCUUGACCGAAUCAUGCAUAGAUAUGUCUUUUUUCUUUUAUCAAACUUCACGUUGUCUGUCUUGUUUAAAGCGCGGUUAGGACGGAGCGGUUUUUGCAUAUUUAUUUUUUCUUCCCAUCGUUUUUUAAAAUGAUUGUUGUUUAAUUCAAACGGACAUGGCUAACUGAUAUAAUAGACAUUUUUUGUGACGUGGGAAGUUAAUUUGAAUUGAAUAUGAAAACGUAACUUUUCCAUGUAAACCAAUAUUGAGAGUUUUCCACUUCGCCACUUUUCCAUGUAAACCAAUAUUGAGAGUUUUCCACUUCGCCAACUCUCUCGGACAAUUAGUCUAUAACCAAUGUGGUGUCAACUGGAAGGACGCGUGGUCCGGAUCUCACCUAAACGUUGAUACGUGUUGGGAGUGAUGCACUGGCUUCCCCUGGUUGCCAUGGUGAUCGCCUCGGCCCUGCCCUUCCCUCACAGCCCUGUGACCAGUACUGUUGCUGCGAUGAUGGAGCCUGGCAGUAGCCUGGACGACCACACAGAGGACAUCGAUGACUCUUCCAGUCACUCCCCCGGAUCUUACGCCACACUUCCAGCUCCUCAGGCCUACAAUGUGGACUACAAGGACUACAAUAACCCCUCCAUAAUUAAAGAGGAGGUGCAAACUUUGAAAGGGAAGCGAAAACAACAAAGUUAUCUGUCAAAAAGCAAUUUUCAUACAGAAAACACGAACAGCGUUGGUUUAAAUAAAUAUUCUAACACUGAUGGAGGAAAACUCAGGAGCACCAAUGGCAGCAGUCAUCAGGACUACCCCUCCCAGAAGAACUAUGUACUAGGGGACUAUAAACCAGACAGCAGCAGAGCUGGUGAUGACAGCAGCUUUAGAGACAUGGCUCAGAAGGAAAACCAUCAUCACUCUCUAGACCCCAGGACCGAUGAACAGGAAACUUACAAACCUUCCACUAAUGCUGGACACCACAGUAAAACUAGGCCAGAUCCCUCCAGUCAGAGGACCCCACAGAGAGCAGAGGCUAGGACAGAGAGCAGUGAUAACAGGGGAGAGGGGGGGAGGGAGGGUGGGGCUGGGAAAGGUCCAGAUCUGUCAGAGGAAGGAAUGGAAUUGGGACUAGGGUUAGGGCUGGGUCAGGGGCUGGAAGGUGUAAAGGAGAAGCAAGAGCUGCUGUUUUUAGAUGCACACCCACGGGUCCUUUUCUCUUCCUCUCCUCCAGAGCACCCGCCCCUCCUCCUCAUGCUGGAGUCAGGCAUGUUGCCCAUAGAAGGAGAGGACAAGGAGGAGGAGGAGGAGGAGGAGGAAGUGUCGGACGCAGACGGACACAUGGAGGGUCAUGGGGACCGAGAGACGGACGGGAGUGUGCCGCUGAGCUGGGUGGACACUCUCAGGGGGGCCAGGGAGCCCCCUCGCCCCGCCCCCAGGCACAAGCGCUCGCACUUGCCCCACACUGGGCGGGGUGAGAUGCCGGUGUGUGAGUCGGAGAGUGUGUGGGUAACGGACAAGACGACAGUAUUCGACGAUAGGGGUAAAACAGUCAACAUCGUGCCAGAGAUCAAGACAGUCAAGGGGGCGCUGAAGCAGUACUUCUAUGAGACUCGCUGCCGCCAGGAGGAACAGCAGAGGGGCGGUGUGCCGCAGCGGGAGGCAGGGGGGGCAGGGGCCUCGGCAGCAGGAACAGGGACAGGACCCGUAGGUGUGUCCGGGGCCAGCUGCCGGGGCGUGGACAUCAGACAGUGGGUGAGUCAGUGUAAGGCCAAGGACACAUAUGUCCGAGCCCUCACUGUUGACAACAACGGUCUGCAGGGCUGGAGGUGGGUCCGCAUCAACUCGUCCUGCGUGUGUGUCCUACUGUCCAGAGUAACCAGGAAAAACAGAGGAAGGGAGUGAGGGCAGGAGAUGGAGGAAAGGUGGAGAGGAUAAUGUGGAAGAAAUGUUAACACAGAUAAUGCUUGGGACAUUAGAUGUAAUGUCAAUUAGACAGUAGGUGUUACUUUAUAGGCCAGGGUGCCUCUUAUCCAGAGCGACUUAGUGCAUUCUUCUUAUGAUAGCUGCACUCUUACAAAAAAAAGGGUUCCAAACGGGUUCUUUGGCUGUCCCCAUAGGA